CCUUUUUCAUCCAUCUUUUGUUCCUUCAAAGUCCCAUCCGUAACCUUCAUUCUAAACACUUUCACACUUUUUCAUAUUUUCUCUCCAUUUUUUCAAUAAUUUCAAUCAUAACAUUCUUUGGUAACAAAGUAAAAAAAUUUAUCAUCAUAUAGUCAAACAAAACAUAUAUGUAUCUCUUUUAACAUCCUUUGAUCACUUUUUUUGUGUCUACUAAUAUGCAAGAAUCCUCAAAACGCCAAGCAUGGUUUUGCACCACUGGGUUACCAAGCGAUGUCGUGGUCGAUGUCGGCGAUAUGGCAUUCCAUCUUCACAAGUUUCCACUUAUGGCCAAAAGUAAAAAGCUUCACGAACUGAUAACUGAACAUGAAACAAAUCCUCCAUCCGAACCCGAGGAAGAAACCGACGAAAUACAAGAAAAAAAAGACUGCUGCCACAUCACCCUCCCGGAUUUCCCGGGAGGUGCAGAGGCAUUUGAAGCAGCAGCCAAAUUCUGUUACACGGGGAAAAUCGAGCUUUCACCGAGCAACGUCGCCUUGCUCCGUUGCACAGGCGAAAUUCUUGAGAUGACCGAAGAAUUCGGGGAAAACAACUUAAUUUCCAAAACCGAAAGAUUUCUUUCACAAAAUAUGUUCAAAAGUUUGCGACAUUCAAUCAAAACAUUAAAAACAUGUCAGGAUUUAUUGCCUUUAUCCGAAUCCAUUGGCAUUGUUCAAAGAUGCAUUGAUUCAAUCGUUUCUAAAGCAUCUGCGUCUGAUCCGGCAUUAUUCGGUUGGCCAGUUAACGAACAUACCGUCACAGAUGAUAAAUGGUUCGACGAGCUUGUUGAUCUUAACAAGUCGUUUUUCAACCGUUUGAUAACGGCCAUCAAGUCACGAAACCCCAAUCCUGAAAUCGUCGAAAAUUGUUUGAUUUCGUAUGCGAAAAAACACAUUCCUGGAGUCAGUCGUGUUGGUAGACGAUCGUCUUCGUCUUCCGUACUAACAGAACUUGAGCAAAAAGAGCUUUUAGAAACCAUAGUCACGAAUCUUCCGGAAGCAACUGGCAGAUUAAGAUAUACACAGGGGGUUAGUAUGUUAUUCGGAAUGUUAAGAGCGGCGAAUAUAUUGAAGACCUCGGAUUCUUGUCGGGCGAAUUUAGAGACGAAAAUCGGGGUGUAUCUUGACCAAGCGGCAUUAGAUGAUCUUUUAAUACCGAGCUAUUCGUACUUAAUCGAGACGUUAUAUGAUGUGGAAUGUGUUCAAAGGAUAUUAGAUCAUUUUUUACAUAGUUUAGAACAGGUUUCAAAUGUUGAUGUGAUUAGAGAUGAUGAGGGAGGGGAUGAUGAAAAUCGGGCUAGAUCGGUUAGGUUGAUGCUUGUUGGAAAGUUAAUCGAUGGUUAUUUGUCCGAAAUUGCUUCGGAUACUAACUUGAAACCGGAAAAGUUUCUUGAACUCGCGUUCUCUUUGCCUGAACAAGCUCGAGUUUAUGAUGACGGGCUUUACAGAUCUGUUGAUGUUUAUCUAAAGGCACAUCCGUGGAUAAAGGAAGUGGACCGUGAGAAGGUUUGUGGAGCCAUGGAUUGUCGAAAACUGACGUUAGAAGCGUGCACACACGCAGCGCAGAACGAGCGGCUUCCACUACGAGCUGUAGUGCAAGUGUUGUUUUUUGAGCAGUUGCAGCUUCGUCAAGCGAUAGCUGGAACGCUUAUGACAUCCGACAUUGGAGAACUAGAUGCGGAAAGAAUACGGGAAGUGGUGCAAGAAGACGAAACAGCUGUAGAAGGGGAGGGGGGAAGAGGCGUCGGAGGCAUGUGGACUGCGGCGGUUAGACAAAACCAAGUGUUGCGACUAGAUAUGGAUAGCAUGAGGACGCGGGUACAUCAUUUGGAACGCGAGUGUUCAACUAUGAGAAAAGCGAUUAAAAGUAUGGAUGAAGUGAACCCAUCUCGACAAGGUGGAUGGAGAGAGUCGAUAGCGAAGAAAUUUAGUUGUAAAUUUAAGACCCAAGUAUGUGACUCGCAUGAACCAACUAUUGUUGAGGCUCGAAAGGGUCGAACCCAUGGGCACCAAAAACAGCAAUAGCUGAAUUUUUCAUUUUGCCAUGAGAUUUUUUUUUUUUUAGUACUACAAAAGGUAUCCAAUGUUAAUGAAGGAAAUAUUUUAUAUAAAUUUGUGGGUUAUAAAAUAUAAAUGGAGUUCCAAUGUGAUCACAAUCACAACUUUUGAGGGGAGGAGUGAUAGUGGAAACUGAGAAAUCUGUUUUGGAAGCAGGCUAUACAACUCUCUUUUGUUUGGUUGUGACCAAAUCAAGUCUCCACAUGUAAAAAAGCUUUAUUUGUUUUGUGGGUGGGAAUAAUACUUUCCGUAUGAUAUAGAUAUUUCCUUGUAAUGUAUCUAUCGUAUCGUGUCAAAGUUUCGGAUUAUUUUUAAAA